AUGACGACGCUGAGGCACGUGAAGCCUCGAACGGGGUUGGACGAGGUGGUUGGAGGAGCUUUCAAGCGCAGAGUCUCUAGUUGGAAGAAUCAGAUUAAGCCGGGCGACCCCAAGUAUCCUCCAGAGAGAGAUCGAUACCAUCUCUACAUCUCAUACGCAUGUCCCUGGGCGCAAAGGUGCUAUGCCACCAUCCUCUUCAAAGGCCUCGAAGAUGUAAUCAGCAUCUCCAUUGUUCAUCCAACUUGGCAGUAUACUCGCCCGGGACAGGAUGAGCAUAUUGGGUGGGUCUUCGGCGACCCGUCAGAUCCUCCACUCACGAACCUCAACGGCUAUGGCUCUUACUCUGCCGAGUUUUCGAUUCCUGACUUCGUGAAUGGAGCAAAAUGUGUAAGAGACUUGUACGAGCUAGCAGGGGAUACAGAUGGGAAGUACAGCGUGCCGAUUUUGUGGGACAAGAAGAAUAGAACGAUAGUGAACAACGAGUCAGCUGACAUCGUUCAGUUCUUCAACAGCGCUUUCGACGAGUUUGCCAAGUAUCCGGAUGUUGACCUGUACCCUGAGGAGCUACGGGCUCAGAUAGAAGAGCUCAACUCUUGGAUCUACCCGUGCAUCAACGAUGGGGUUUAUCGCUGCGGAUUCUCUCAGACACAGGAUGCAUACGAGAAGGCUUUCGAUGAGUUGUUCAACGCAUUGGAUAGGGCGGAGGAACUGCUGAGCAAACAGAGGUUUUUGACAGGACCAAGGUUCACCAUGGCGGAUCUUCGCCUGUUCAUGACAUUAAUUCGCUUCGAUCCUGUGUAUGUAGUGUAUUUCAAGACGAACAAACAGCGGAUCGACGAGUAUCCGAACCUCUUCAACUACAUGAAGGAGAUCUACCAGCAGAUGCCUGCGGUCAAACCAACUGUAAAUUUGCAGCACAUAAAGAUUCACUACCUGAGCUCGCACCCCAAGCUGAAUUAUUAUGGGAUCAUCCCCAAAGGUAGAGAUGUAGAUCUGGAUGCCCCCCACGAUCGGCAUCGCUUUCCGUACGAAGAUUACAAGAAGAAGAGGUGA